AUGUCAUGGAUUAUAGUUGAUGUUGUAUUUUAUUGUAUAUCGUUGAUCACUGUUGGUGCACUUGCUGGUCGUAUAUCACAAUCAACACAAGAAGUCAAUACAUUUGUGACACCAUUAAAUAUAUCAACAAUACAAACAACUCAAAAUUUAAAUCAAUCAACAUGUAUUGAAGAUGAAUGUAAUCCACGUUUAUUAUCAGAUUUAGAAGUUCAUAGUUAUGAAUUAGAAUAUAUCUAUAAUAAUAUCAAUGAUACAACAGUACAAGGACGUGUAACAAUUGAUUUUACACUUAAACAACCUAUUAAUCAACUUAUUUAUCAUGCAAAACGAAUGCUUCAACUUGAUGAACCAGUACUUUAUGAAGAUGGUGUUCAUCGUCUUGUUACAAUGGGAAAGUAUCCACCACAUAAUUAUAUUAGUUUACGUCUUUUAUUGGAAAAUUCAUCAUUUACACCAAAUCGAUAUAGUUUAAAACAAAAAUUUAUUGUCAGUUUAAUUGAUGGUAAUGUAGGUUUUUAUCAAACUUUAUUUAAUGAUGGUAAUGGAACAAUACGGAAAUUAUUAGCUUCAAAAUUUCAACCAACCGAUGCUCGAAAAGCAUUUCCUUGUUUUGAUGAACCACAAUUUAAAGCUGUCUUCAAAAUAGCUAUUCUCCAUCCGGAAGAUACUAUUGCUAUAGCAAAUUUUCCUAAUAUUGAAGAAACAAUCGAAAAUGGUUUACGUCGAACAGUAUUUGCUGAUACAUUUCGUAUGAGUACUUAUCUUGCUGCUUGGGCUGUUCUUCCUAAUACAUAUGGACAACUAGUCAGUAAUGAAGAUGAACCAAAAGUAACUGUAUGGGCUCGUCGUGAACCUACAGAUAAUGGUCAUACUGCAUUAGCACUUGAAAUAGCUCUUAAUUCUGUUUCAUUUUUUACUGAUUAUUUUAAUACAUCAGAAGCUGUUACACCUAAAAUUGAUCUUUUGGCUGUACCGGAUUUUGCAUCGGGUGCAAUGGAAAAUUGGGGUUUAGUUUCGUUUCGUGAAGAUCGUGUAAUAUUUAAUGAAAAAAUUGCAUCAAUAGUUCAAAAACAACAAUUAGGUGAAACAAUGGCACAUGAAAUUGCUCAUUUUUGGUUUGGUAAUUAUGUAACAUGUAAAUGGUGGAAUAAUCUAUGGUUAAAUGAAGCUAUGGCUACUUGGCUUUCAUAUAAGCCUUUUUCAGUUUAUUAUCCUAACUGGAAUAUGGAAUUACAAGCAUUAACUGAAGAAGUUAUUCCUGUUAUGUGGGAUGAUGCAAAACCAUCAUCACAUCCAGUUGUUGUUCGAAAUGUAACAAGUGCUGCUGAUAUAACUAGUUUAUUUAAUUCUAUAACAUAUUCAAAAGGUGCAAGUAUAUUACGUAUGUUAGAAAAAAUAGUUGGUUCAAAUACAUUUCGUGAUGGUUUACGAGAUUAUUUAAAAACAAAUGCAUUUGAUAUUGGCGAUCCAACUAUAUUUUAUAAUAAAUUAUUUAAAAAUAUAAGUGGAGAAAAAUUUAUGAAAAAUUGGCUUGAAGAAUUAAAUUAUCCAAUAUUAAAUGUUGAUUUAAAUGUUAAUAAUAAUGGUACAUAUAUUACAUUUAAUCAAUCACGUUUUAUUAUUUCAAAUGUUCUUGAUUCAUCAAAUCUAAAUAGUAAUUAUCGAUGGAUGAUUAAUAUUCAAUGUGUCUUAGGUGGUAAUUAUUCAGAUUCUGAUAUAACUAAUCUAGGUGAAGAUACAAUUGAUUUUAUUCUUGAAACAGAACAAGAAACUCAAUUUUUGCCUGGAAAAUUUUAUACAUGGAUAAAAUGUAAUCGAGAUUUUCAAGGUUUUUUUGUUACUAACUAUUUAUCAAAUUUAUCAACAUAUUCAAGUUGGCAACAUUUUUCAUUCGUAUUAGACGCGGAACCAACAUUUUUUUCUGAUGAAGAUAAAGUUAAUUUACUUCAAGAUUCAUUUUUACUUGCUUAUAAAGGUUUAAUUGAUUAUAUUGAACCAUUACGUAUUGUAAGUUCAUUAAUGAAUACAACUAGUAAACAAUCUGUUAUAUGGUGUACAUUUCAAUGGCAUUGGGAUAUAUUAACUGAGUUAGUUGAACAUUUACCUAAUACAUGGACAAAAUUUAAAGAUUUUGCAAUUAAACAAAUUCUAUCAUCUGGAACAACAGUUGAUGAUAUUCUAGAAAUAAAUUCAACUGAUGAUCAUAAUACAAAAUUAUUGAAAGGUUUACAAUUUUCAUCUCUUUGUCGAAUGGGUUAUAAAGAUGCUAUUGAACGAGCAAGUGCACUAUUUAAAUCAAUACCUGUUGAAUAUUUUAAUGGUAGUAAUGUUGAUGUCAAUAUUGGUCCAGAUUUUUUAUCAGUAGUUUAUGUAUGCCAUUUAAAGAAUAAUGAUAAUGAAACUGAUUGGAAUAUGAUGUACAAUUAUUAUAAAACUGCAGUGGCACCACAAGAACAAACACGCGCUUUAGUUGCUAUUAGUUCAACUAAGAAUAAAGAUCGAUUAAAUCGAUUACUUAAUGAAGGUUUAGAAAGUGGACCGAAAAAAAUUAAAAGACAAGAUUUUUUUGCUAUGAUGGCUUAUAUGAGUCGUCAUCCAAUUGGACGAGAAGUAGCAUGGACAUUUUAUAAAAAUAAUUUUCAAAAACUGAUUAAUAUUUUUACACUUGAAAAUCGUCGAUUAGGUACAGUUAUUAAUUCAAUUACACGUUCAUUUCAAAAUGAAUCGUAUCUUGAAGAAAUGAAUCAAUUAUUCUUACUUUAUCCGAAUGCAGGUGCUGGAACAUCAGCACGUAAACAAGCCAUUGAUCAAGUAAAUAUGAAUAUUGAAUGGGUCAGAUCAAGAGAACAAAGUCUACUUGAUGCACUUGAAACAUUAUCUCGACAAUAA